CAGCAGGCUCAAAGAUUAAAUCAGCUCUGUUUAGACACACAAGAGAAGAAUGGCCAGAACAGAAGCACAGCCGUUGCCAUAUUCCAGGUAUGUUGUACCUGUUCUUCUCAUGAUUGGCUGGAUUGCAGGUUGUGCAUUAAUGGUUUAUUUUGUCUUCUCUUAAGAAAGGAAAGAAGACUUUGCAAACUUCAAGGCCAAUGAAGAUGGUCUGUUUCUUAGUUUAAAAAUAUCCCUGGCCAAUGCUAUUUUGAUAAUAUUAAUGAUGAAAACAUAAUUCAAUUUAUACAUUUUGUCUUCUAGGUCUUUAAUAGAAAACAAAUAAACAAACCAGUUUUGUAAAUGUAGGUUACUUUGAAAUUGA